GGCAAGCGUUGGAAGAGGGACCCUUACUACGGAGGUCUUAGUGUUGGUGUCGGAGCAGAAGUGAGGAGUACAAGAGUCGGUGUGUAAUCCGUUGGUGCGAGUCACGUCGGACGGAGUGGGAGUUCGCUUUCCUGGAUACGUUUGAGCCCAGCUUUGAGUCGGCGAGGGUGGAAAUUUGGAGUGGAUCACGGGAGGUGGCUCUCGAGGAGCAAUUAGUUUGAGAGGGUGUUCAAUGUUCAAACUGUCAACGAAAGUUUUGGCUGUAUGUACAUAAGUUGUGAAGGCGGGAGAGGCACCGCGCCGAGUACAGUACUUGCAAUCGCGGCCUGCUACUGUACUUCGACCACAGUACGGCCCAGAGUUCGGCCUCUUGAGUUACAGGAGCCCUGGCAGCGGUGCCAUGAGUCCUGACGACAUCCCUAGAAUCCCUGCCCAUACGACGGCUGCGCCAUUGUAUCGCUCACUGUCCGCAACAACGAACGGGCCGGCGAUUCCCAACGCGUCCGCAUACGGCAUAGAUCUAGACGCAUUCCUCGCUCCCGACUUCAACGCAAAGGCAUGGAUAAACGCAGCACUGGCAACUCCCUAUGGAGCUCUGAGAUCGCAGCAACGGAAAACGGAUUCCCCAUUAGCUACGAAAGAUGCGAACAGCGGUGAGGUGGAAGAUGUCAAAUUGGAUUCCUCAACGACACUGGAAGCUGGACCGGAUUUACGCUCACGGAGACCAAGCGAGAUAGUGAGGGCCGAUUCGGCUUCAAAUGCGUCGGUGGAUGUCGUCGCUUCCAAUCUUGUCCUGAAGCUACAGUUGUUGAGCUUGGACGUCUCCAUGAAGUUCGAGCAGCUCAGCGAAGAGGCGGUCCGCAAUAUGCCUCGGGCAAUGUACGAUUUAGAGCUGAUAAGAAAAGACGCAGACAAAGUGAAGGAAGCGAUCAGGAAUGGGCGAACGGUCUUUGAGAGCGCUGAGAAGGGCGGGGGUGGGGCGUUCAAGGAUCUGAUGAAAUUGGAUCGGGUGCGAAAUAGAAUGACAGCGACGCGACAUUCGUUGAAGGAGGCGGAAAACUGGAGUACACUCUCAGGAGAGAUGAAUGCCAUCUUCUCUGCCGGUGACUUUGAGAAAGCAUCGGUCAGACUAGAUGAAGCUCGCAAGUCCUUGGUCCUGUUAUCAGCUAGCCCCGAUUACGCCGAGCGGGAGGCUCUCCUGGAUGAGCUGCAGGCCACACUGCAGACGGCAACGAACGCGAGAGUGCUCGCUGUCUUCAAUGAUCAUGACGCCGAAGGUGCACGCAAGUUGUAUCGCAUCUACUCCCGAAUUGACAGGCUGGACUAUUUCAUGCAGCAGUACGAGAAAGUGUGCGCCGCACCGUUAUUACGUUUCUGGCAGCAAUACGAUGAAGCAUCCAUCCUUCGGGCUGCCAAAGCCGGCUACGAUGAUGAAUUUGCGCAAUGGCUUACCAACUUCUACGAUGAGGCCUAUCGCCUGGUCCAGAAGGAAUUCGCUUGGAUUCCGUACAUCUUUCCUUCUGCCAUUGACGCGGUGCAGGGACUGAUUUCUGGCAUCUUCCGUUCGCUCGAACCGUCAUUGGAGAACAGGCUGAAGACCUUUGUGGAAAACAUGGGAGAUGCAAGUCUCCCCGGCAUUGUGAAAGCCUACCAGUCGGCGGUCCAAUUCGGGAUUCGGGUAGAACGACUGAUAUUCCUUGCCGAUCCUGGCGAUCUUCGGAAUGCUCCGGUGUUGGAUGAUGAUGGCCAAUUGCGAGACUCCGUCACAUCCCUUCACAAUGAUUCGGACCUACCGGCGCAACCGGGCACCACAAAUCAGGAGAGAUGGGGCACGACUGUGUUCGAACCGUUCCUCGCUUACCAACAACGAUAUGGUCAGCUAGAAAGAAAUCACCUCCUAGCCUCGACGGCCACCAUUUUGAGAUUUGGAAAAGGCAACUCGCUUGAGGCUACCAGGCUGAUGAACGAGUCAGUACCGAAGGCAAUAACCUUAGCGGAGAGUGCCUGGGCUCGCUGCAGGCAAUUCACAUCCGGCUUCGGACACGCUGACCUGGUUGAGGCUUUGGAUGAGCACUUUGUGGCGAUUAUGCGCCGGUACGGCACCUUGCUGCAUCAGUUGAGAGGCGACGUCGGGCUGACAGGUCAAAGCACAAUCUCGUCGGAAGACGAAGAGCCGGGAGAGUUUCGAAGCGGAGAUUUCGGCAACCAGGAGUGGGGUCGUUUCCAGAUCGGCCUGAAGGUUUUGGGACUGUGUAGCCUCUUUCAAAAAAAACUUCUCACGUUUGAAAGGACGUUACGACGGGGCAUAAAGACAUUUGCGACCACCCAUCAUAAGGCGUCUUGGGCAAACCCUGCGGAGUUCUGGGGAGAUGAGAAAGAGCACUCUAAUGAAUGCUUCGCCAGCAUCGACAUCCUCCGAUUAUCGACACUGAACAGUUACAAGUUGGAAACCCUUGGGCAUGAUCAACCGGCGUCCAACGUCGACGUUGGCGACGCUGUCCCUCCAUCGCCUCUCUUCCACCGCGCAAUACAAGUCCUCAAAACGUUCACAAUCGACGCACAGCAGUUCGUAUUCGACACCUUAUUCACGAUCAUAGAGCAGCAACUGCGCAGCGUCUCCACCAUGGAAAUCUGGACGGCGGACGCUCCCAAAACGGCGGGUCCCUUCAACCUCGGCGUGCCCCAGUUCAGCUUAUCCCCACUCUCGUACAUCACUCGCGUCGGCGAACAUCUCCUCACACUACCGCAACAGCUCGAACUCUACGUCGACGAUGACGCGCUCAAAUUCUCGGUGCGGACGCUUCCGCAUAUCACCGCGCAGGACUUUGAGGUGCCCGAAGCAGGGAAUAAAGGCGACAACCCAGAAGACGACGUGACGUACCUUUGGAUUCUGUCCAUCGCCCGUGGCACGAUGCUGCGAUACGCCGAUGUCGUUAUGCGCAUGCAGGCCCUGUCGCAAGACGGUGCAAAGCAGCUCUGCACAGAUAUGGGAUACCUGAUGAAUGUCUUUGACGCGUUGGACAUUGAGCCCAUAACCCGUUUCGGCAACCUGCACGCUAUGAUGUGCAUGACUGGAGAGGACUUGAAACGACGAUAUGCGGCGGCGAAACAGGGCCGGCCAGAAGAUGAGGCCGACGAAAAGCUGUUUGCUGAUGAGACCUUUGCCAAGCAUCUCGCGGCGAUAAGAGGGUUGGAUGUAGGCAGAUAUCCCUAAUGGCGAUGAUCAAGUAGAGAUACUCCCAUAAGUUGCCGAAGAUUCGUGUAAACAAUAGAAUUCUGGUUCGACUGGCCUUAUCAUAUGGGAACUGCAGCGCGAAGAU